UCGCUUCAAGCAUGCGGCUUCAUUUCUACAGAGCAUUGAAAUCAUGACAAUGUUCAGAGUGAUAUUCAACUCUUUGGAACAAGGCUGUGAAUUAUCGUCUACAUUAUCAGAUGUGCAUCUUGACUUUCUCAUACUACUUUUCCAGAAAUCUGCCCAGUACCCUUAAGAUUGGUCCUCUCCCACAUCAACCACCACCACCAACCACCAUCGACCUUCCACCAAAUCUCACAACCCUGGCACCUUCACCUUCCGAACCACACCCCAACAGUUCGCCAAAUCCUAGCCCCUACCUCCCUCACCUGCCGACAUUGGAGAAAACUCCAAGCCAUAUUCUAAUCUAUCUCACUUUCUCUGAUAAAGUGGCUCUCGAACCCACAGACUCUAGGGCUUCUAAUGGGUAUGUGCAGAUGAUAGCCGAGAACGAACACCCGUGUGGCAGCACGCCUGGACCGGAGGACAUCUCCGGACUACUUUGACAAACCCUAAGUCUUUCCUUUUCUAUGGAACCUUUUCUGCCGCUGUUGUUUCGAAGAUACAAGACGCCUGAUCCCUGUUCGACAUGGAACCUCCGAAGCGAAAUGGAAGGGUGUCAAAAAGUGUCAAGGUUUAAGUUGACAUGGCAGGCUCGCACUGAUCGAUCGGUAA